UCUCGAUCGCGAGUCACGGAGGAGGGAAGAAGAACUUCCGCCGACGCGCCUCCGCUUAUCAGCGCAGAUCGCUGCUUCUCUUCUACACUGUCGUAACCUCACCGCCGCCGUUCCUUCGUAAGCUCCAUUCCGGCUUUAUUCACCUCCAACCUCUCCCUCCAUCCGUCCACACUCCAUCCAUGGCAGCAAAGCUCUCCACCUCCAACACCUUUCGUUCUAUUUCCUACAUCCAGAACCUCCUCCACAUCCUCUCCCCUCGGCAACUCUCCACCCAACACUCCCUCCCCUCUUCACCUUCUACUUCCUCCUCCAAUCUCCAUCCCCUAUUAUCCAAAUUUCUCCACCUCUUCCAAGUUAAAAAGUUCGUUCCCGCCAAAACCAUCCUCAAAUCCUUCGCUUCCUGCGACCAAACCCAAUCCCACCAUUUUCCUACCCUCGCGUCCUCAAUCCUCAAGUCAUGCAACCACGCCCGCGUCUCCUCAUCUGAAGUUUUUGACAUGCUCUUCCGUGUCUACUCGGACAUUGAUAACCUCGAAAGAGCACUCGCGACAUUCGAAUUCAUGAUGGAGACAUAUGGUGUCGUUUCAAGUAGAUCCUGCAGUGUCUAUAUCCAGGCCCUGAGGCGUUGCGGACGGAUGGAUUCAGCCCUUGAAUUCUUCCAAAGGAUACUUGAAUCGGAUGCCAUUGAUGUGUCCGUGUACACAACCUCAAUUUUAGUAGAUGGUUUGUGCAAGAAUGGGGAGGUUAAGGCUGCACGGAAGGUGCUCGAUGAAAUGCGUAAGACAGGAUUGAAGUCCAAUAUCUUUUCUUACAAUCCAUUGAUUGAAGCUUACGGUAAAAUAGGAGAUUUUGAAUCAUUAGACGAAGUUUUGGCUCUUGUCGAGGACAAUAAAAUUGAACAAAAUGUUGUUACGUUUGCUCUUUUGAUCGAUGCAUUCUCAUCCCAUAGAAAAUUGGAGAAAGCCGAGAAGGCCUUUGAAGAGGUGAGCAGAAGAGGAUUAAAUGCUGAUAUUUUCUUGUAUACUUCAAUGAUAAACGCCUAUUGCAGAGAAGGUAACAUGAAGAAAGCUAUUGCUCUUUUUGAUGAAUGCGUGGAGAGAGGAAUUCAGCCCACUGAGAAGACCUAUGGUGCACUAAUAAAUGGUCUUUGCAAGGCUGGGCAGAUUGAAGCGGCGGAACUACUGAUACUUGAGAUGCAGCAGAAGGGAUUUGAUAUAAAUUUAGUAAUCUUCAACAGCCUCGUUGAUGGAUACUGCAAGAAAGGGAUGAUUGACAAAGCUCUAGAAUUGAAAGAGGUGAUUGAGAAGAAGGGGCUGGAGCUUGACAUAUACCUUUAUAACACAAUUGCUGCUGGUCUAUGCAGAUCAAACCAGAACAGCGCAGCAGAGAAGCUUCUGUAUUCAAUGAUUGACAAAGGAAUUGCUCCCAACACAGUGAGCUACACGACAUUGAUUGACAUACAUUGCAAGGAAGGGGCUUUGGUGGCAGCAAGGAGCUUGUUUAGAGAGAUGGAUGAGAAGGGAUUUAAGCCUAAUGUUGUUAGCUAUAAUGUCAUGAUUGAUGGUUAUUGCAAGAAAGGGAGCGUAAGGGAAGCUGAGAGGUUUAAGAAGGAGAUGGAGAAAAAAGGGAUUUUGGCAGAUGUUUACACAUAUACAUCAUUGAUUCAUGGGCAUUGCAUCACUGGGAAGGUGGAUGUGGGUAUGAAGUUGUUUGAGGAGAUGGAGCAAAAGGGUAUAGUUGCUAAUGUUGUGGCGUAUACUGCGCUGAUAUCAGGGUUGUCAAAGCAUGGAAGAUCAGAUGAGGCACUUACGUUGUAUGAUAAAAUGUUGGAGAUAGGAUUGGUGCCGGAUGAUUCAGUCUAUUCAGCUAUUGUGGGUAGCUUUCAUUGCACAAAUCAAACUUCUUCAAUUCUCAUAUCGCCAAGCUAGCAGACUAAUUAUUAAAAACAGAUUAGAGAUUUUGAAAAUCCUUGCUUGUCCGCCUCAAGAAUCUGCAGAACCUGUGAUUGCGACUUUCCCCAUCAAAAGCGGCGAACAAAGAUUGUUACCAUGGAUAUUACAGUUGCAAUUAAUAUCAUUGUAAGUGGAAGAAGAAUUUCAUCUUGGGCUCAAGCUUAUGUAGAAGCAUCUGAUAUUUUAAUGAUUCAUGUUGAUAUCAUUAAUCUUUGUGUAGG